AUGUCUCAACAAUCCAACUCUUCUCCUUCCAAGAACAUGCCUUGUUCUCCUAGCGCUGAACCAAGCAACCCUAACAAAGAAGAUCCUGUUGCUGACUCUGUGAAUACCCCACAUGCAAGAAGACCUAAAGAAAUUGUAUUAGGCUUCUCCUCAUCCAUCGUUCUUGAGGAACGAACCAAAGAAGGUUCCAGGUAUGUUCACAAUGCUAUUGCCACUAUAGUGACUGGAAUACUGUCUGGAAAUCAUGAGGUCCCUGGGGUUUCCAUUCCCUUAAACACUAUUGAACCUGAUAGUGUUGCUGAUCAAGAAAAUACUGAGGCUUUAGGAAAGAAUAUCUCUGAUGAUGUUGAUGACAACCCUAACUGUGAGGCUGAAACAGUAGACCUGGAGGAAUUUUCUGAUAAUGAGUUGUUGUCCUCUGUCCUCCCUAGCAUAGCCAAAAGGGUUAGGACUAGGAGAGAAAAGAAAACUGUGGCUCAAAGGUCCCCCAGAAAGAAGAUUGAUGUUCCAAAAGUCUUCCAAGACAACAGUGGCAGUCGAGAGUUCCCUCAAGAGGAAAGUUCAUGGUGGAAAUAUGUUUAUCAGAAGAGGCUGGCUUUGGAAAGGGAAUUAGCUCAGAAUGUCUUAGACUGUAAGGAUAUUAUGGAUCUUAUUCAAGAGGCUGGUUUAAUGAAGACUGUGACUCAGUUUUCAAAGUGCUAUGAGAUGUUGGUAAAGGAAUUUAUUGUUAAUUUGUCUGAAGAAUGUGCUGAUGGCAAGUUUAAGGAAUUCAGGAAAGUGUAUGUGAGAGGCAAGUGUGUAAAUUUCUCUCCUUCAGUGAUCAACAAGUAUUUGGGAAGGCCUGAUGAAGCUCAACCUGAGCUUGAGGUAAGGAAGUGGCCUCUCAAAGGAAAAUUGGUGGCAAGUAAACUGAGUGUCAAGUAUGCAAUGCUGCACAGGAUUGGAGCUGCUAACUGGGUGCCCACCAAUCAUAAAUCUACAGUUGCUGUAAUGCUUGGAAAGUUUAUAUAUGCUGUUGGAACCAAAGCCAAAUUUGACUAUGGCUCCUAUAUUUUUGAUCAAACUUUGAAGCAUGCAGGAAGCUUCAGUGUGAAGGGACCUAUAGCCUUUCCUUCUCUCAUCUGUGGUAUUGUUUUGAAUCAGUUUCCAAACAUCUUAACUGAGAAUGAUUAUGUGAAGAAAAGAGACAGCCCUAUGUCUUUCAAUCAUAAGCUGUUCCUAGGUACCCAUGUCCCUGACAUUGUCAUGACAUCAGGUGAGACAUCACGUGUAAGCAAUCAGCCAGGUAAAACUGAUGUCAUUGCAAUGCUCAAAGAAACCUGCAGGGAAUUAGAGGCAAGGAAGCUGAACUUGGAAAAAUUGAUUAGCUCUUUGGAGAUGACUGAAGGUGAUGUGCUAGCUGAUGGUGGAGAAUUUGGUGAAGCUGCUGCUGUUGCAGAAGAAGCUGAAAGACAAGGUCAAGAGGGAGAAGCAGAUGCCAGUCCUGAUGAUGGCACAGAUGAUGAUGCUGACUCUGAGUCAGAUGACUAG